AUGAUAUUGGGGAGUACUGUAAGAGGAAAGGAGAGGCUAACAAGCAAAUCACUGCAAAACAUGCAGUCUAGCAAGGUAAUCUAUAUUACCUGUUAUCCGAGGGUGUAUGAAACAGUCCUUUUCAAGAUGUAUGGAAUAUCACAUGUUGCAUCAACAGCACGACCAAGUUCAACAGCGUUUGAUGGAGAACAUAGACGCAACCUCUCACAACGUGUUUUUCCAAGUUAUGCUUCUGCCUUUUUGGAUGAUGACCCUGCCUAUGAAUGUUGUUCCACAAAUCCUCUGACAAGCUCCCUGUCCACAUGUCGCCACAGCCCUCGACUGCUUUCUAAUGGUUAUUACGUUUUGACAGAAGACAGUUUUCUGUCUGAUGAAGAGGGUAACGUAACACUGACACCAUCCCAGACAAGUGUUACAUAUAAAGAGAAUUUAGUUCGUGUAUUCAGGCGAAGGAAGAAAAUCCGUCGCUCUCUUGCCAGCUUGUUCAGUCUCAGUGCCUCCAGUUCAUGGCUCAGCAGCACCGUCCUCAGCAAUAUGGAUUCCUCCCAUGUAGAUGAUCCUUGGCCUGAUGGAUGCAAUAAACUAGAAGCCAGACAGAGUGAUAGUGGUGAUUCAGACUUUUCUUCUGAACAUAAUAGCGAUGUGCCACAAAGGCAAACUCCAGCAUUUAAUGGAGCCUCUCUCACCAAAGAUGAGGAGUUUCUUCAGCGUGGGAAACCAUUUUGUGCUUCACAAUCCUGCUCUCCGUUUACGAUAAAUGCAAAUGAAGAGACUUUGAGCAGUGCAGAAUCCAGCACAGUGCGAAAUGUCUUUUCUCAGAUGGUUGCGCUGAUCAUGUGUUUAAUCAUUUCAAUAUGUACAAGAUAUUUUCUGGGAGGAUUGUCUGCCACUUUGUUGCUGAUAAUUUUAGUUUUUCUUUUGUCCCAAGAUGCUGCUAUGUCAUCUUUCUUCAGUCUUGACACAUCUUUCAAAACAACUAAGUUUUG